GUGAGUGAGACAAGCUUUUUAGCUUACACAGAAUUCUUCUUCAGCUCUUGGAAUCUUAAUCAGAGUGUCACAGCUAAAUACAAGGUGGAAUAGAUUUUUUAGCACAGUGGUUUUCAACCUGUGGUCCAUGAACCCCUGGGAGUCUGCAGACUGUAUCUACGGGGUCUGCAAAAGGUUGUCCAUAGAACAGUGGUUUUCAUCCUGUGGUCUGCAGACCCACCUGGGUCCACAGACUAUGUCUAAGAUUUUCAAAAGGGUCCACACCUCCAUUCAACAUUUUGUAGGGGUCUGCAAAUGGAAAAACAUACUAAACCAAUGGUUUUCAAUAAGUAGUAAACACACAUUUCAAGGAACCAUUCAGGGUGAAGUGACCCAUGUUUUAUGGUAUUUGCCACUUAAGCUUCAUUAAGAAAUAUUAUUCUGAAAGAGACAGUUAUCUUAAGUAUUAUGAAUCCUGUGCAUUAAUUAUGUUUAUAAAUACUCUAUGUUUGGCUAUUUUAUACAGGUUCAAGGCAAACUCACUCUUUUGUUACAAGAUGCAGCAUUUCACGCAUCAACUGGAACUGUUUCCUGACUGUAGCGUGACUCUUGUUUUGUUUAACGAUGUCAAAAAUGCUGUUGCUCUAAGAAAAAAAGCAAUGGAAGGAUCUAUUGAUGGAGCAUUAAUAAAUCCUGCAAUGAUUGUUGAUCCACUUCAGAUUCUUGUGGCAACAAACAAAGCUGUUCACCUGCACAGGAUUGGUAAAAUGAAGACUAGAACUCUUAAUGCAGAAAUUAUUUUCAACCUUUCCCCAAACAACAAUAUUUCAGAUGCAUUGAAAAAGUUUGGUAUUUCAGACAAUGAUUCUGCAGUGCUCAUUGUUCUGAUUGAAGAUAAAGAAAAAACUGUAAAUCUGGAAAGCAUAAUAUCUCAAGUGGAAGGCCAGCAGGUUUCUCUAGCAGAACUCCACAAAAUAACUGACAUAGCCAAAGUUAAAAAGAUGUACAGACUUACUCCACAGGAAGAAAAAAUUGGCACGUUACUAGAUGGCAUCAUUUGCAGAAUGUCAACAAAAGAUAUUGCAUGAAAACAUUCAAAGAAAAGAAAAAAUCCACUUUAAAUCUACAGGAACAACUAUUGCAACCAUUCUUAUUAGUUUUGGACUCUGUCUCAAUACUAAAAUACUUUGCACUUCUUUAUUUUAUUUUGCUUGGAAGAGUAAGAAGAGUCACUAAAAGAUUCUGUGAAAGAAACUGACAGGACAUAAACCACUAAAGGAACACUGAAGCAAUAUUUUAUCUUAAGCUUCAUUCAACUUCAGAAAUGCGUCACAUAGUGCAGUACUGAGCAGAGUUUGAAUUCUCACAACUUGUACAGAUUCUACCCAUAGUUUUAUUUGCAAAUAUUUUUUAAAAUUUUUCCCAAAUCUUUUAACUAGUCAUAAACAUAAGGUUUCAAAAUCUAUUUUUUACCUUUGUUGUAAAGUGCUUUAAGAUAAUCAGAUAUGCCACUAACAGUGCAAACUAUUUUUAUUAUCACCAAGGCCUGCAAUGACUUGGUUUGCAUAAGCAUGGAGAAUAAAGGAUGAUACGGAGAUAUUUUUAGCUGCUUAGUGUAUAUAUAUCUAUCAUGCUUGUCUAACCAUUAUGCACUAGGAGCGCAUAUACAAACUGCCUCUUGUGACUUCCUGACACUCACAAGUGUAUGUCAAAAACACAUAGAAAAUAGGUCCCUGGCCCAAGGAGCUUACAAUCCAAAUGAGAGAUUUGACAGAUGAGGGUAACAUGUACACUAUGGAAGCGGGAGAGGUGAGGAAGGAAGCUGGUCAUGGAGAUAUAUUUACAUUGCUAUUCUGUAUUAGUUAUGCACAUUUAGUUGGUUCAUAAACUACGUCGUGUAAAUGCACUCAUUUAUUUGUUGAUGAUAUUGCAGAAGUUAGUUUUUAGAAAGGAUUUGAAUGAGGUAAGUGUGGAGUCUUGAACAAAUUUUUGGAAGACAUUCCAAGCAUAAGGGCUAACCAGGAAGAAGCCACAGAGAUGUUUGCAAGAGGAGAUGCAAGGGGUAUUGAGGCUGGUGUCAGUGAAAGGUCAGGAGCUGAUAUAACCUGUCAUAUGGAAGGUUUUCUCAGUUGUCUAGAUAUACAGAUACUGUGGCUCACCAUUUGAGAACUCAAAAUAGUCAGGAUAGACAUGGGUAAAGAUUUUUUUUUCCAUUCAGCUUGUGAUGAAAGAAGCAGAAGAAUGUAGAAGCAUGCGAAAAGAAAGUUGGAAGGUUCUUGCCUUCAAGAUAUCUGUAACAAAACUAGAAUAGCAUGUACUAAGAAAGCUAGAAGAUCUACUAAUCCAUGUAAACUUCUAUGGGCGCCUGCAGUUUCACCCAUGACAUUCUGUUUGCUCUGCUUUUUUGAGUAAAUAAUUAUCUUCUUUCUA